AGAAACGAGGCUGCACUGAAGUGCAAGGCAAUGAACAUGGUGCUCUUGGUCGUGACCUCCUUCGAGGAAAUGGACUGCCUAUCCACCUUUAGAGGCACAAUGUUCUGGACGAGCGGCUCGAAUGAAGACUUCAAAUGCGAUUUGGAGAAAAAAUACGCGUGGUGCUCGACGGGAUUCAACAUUUCAACAACACUAAUUGCGUCGGAGAAAUUCUUGCUUCCCACCACCGCUGCUCCGUCCACUCUGGACCGAUGCCUGGCGUUCGUAAACUCGAAUAACACCUCGCAAAGGGGGAUGGUGCACAGAAAAUGCGACGAAACCCUGCCCUUCAUCUGCCAACUGCCUGUUGAGUGUCCGAAAUUGUGCGAUAAAGAUACGACGUUUUUGGCAAACUAUGAACAGUGCUGCGCCUUAGGAAUGGAGGCGCUCAACCUGGACAGCAAAGCCGAGCAAUUCGGCCUGACCAACCUGACAAUCGUCUACAACAACAGGACUUGGAAAGCGAAUUUUAACUACUGGACCUCUGGCACGCAGAAGGGUUCACCUCAGGGCCACUGGUCGUGGUGUGAGCCCAAUGGACCAACGGUUUUUUCCCCAGGUCUGACCUGGGAGCGGGGACAACCUGAUAACAAUAAUGGCAGCGAGAGUUGCGUCCACUUCCGCUUCGUUCUGAAUUCCACUGGCACCAUCUUGACAGAUCGAAAUUGCGAGAGUAAAUUGAUUUUCGCGUGUGCUGAGAGCUGCAACUCCAAAGCCUUGCGUCGCUCAAUGCCCAAAAGGCCUCUGCCAGAGAAACAUUAUUUCUCGUAUGGCGAUUGGUUUGACGCUUGUGGACGCCACUUUUUGUUCCACAAGAAAAUACCGUCGAACUGGGCAGCUGCGUGGCAAAGUUGUUGCAACAUCGGUUUGACCCUGGCCUCCGUGGAGUCUAUUGGAAAACACAAUUGCUUGACCAAUAUCACCAAAAAAUAUCCAUUGCUUACCUCUGGCGAUUUCUGGGUGUCCGGCACGGUUUCCGGCUGCGUGUCUAACUUCAGGUGGUGCUCCUUGAACCGGGAAUUCGUGGAACCUGAGAUCAGGUGGAAGGUAGGCCAUCCUCAAGCAGACCUGGACUGCGUUUACCUCGAGGUUCGAAACGGAUCCAUGCUUCUGGCCACCGCGAAUUGCAUUGAGAAGAAAGAUUUUCUUUGCGAUGUGCGCAGAAACUCGACCUCCCAAAAGGGAAUGCAGGCCGAGUGUGCCGACCUUUGGAACAUCACCCCAGAACAAAUCGACUUGCUUCUGAAUAUCAGCGUGUUUUUGACGACAGCAAUUUCCCUUGAUUUAAAAGUUGUUCUUAAUUUUUUAUAUUAA